UUCAUAGAAAAUGACAAAAAUAUUAUUCGGAAUGUCCGGAUAAAACUUCCAGCUGCUUACAUCUUUCCACUCUGCUCAGUGCUCAACAGUAACAGUUGCCAGGUUGCUAUUGGCAGCCAUUUUUAGGAACUGGCAACCACUUCUUGGCCUUAGUUCAACCAGUCAAAGUCUAGUUGAACCAGUGGAAGUCUAGUUCAACCAGUCAAAGUCCAGUUCAACCAGUCAAAGUCCAGUUCAACCAGUCAAAGUCUAGUUGAACCAGUCAAAGUCCAGUUGAACCAGUGGAAGUCUAGUUCAACCAGUCAAAGUCCAGUUCAACCAGUCAAAGUCCAGUUGAACCAGUGGAAGUCUAGUUCAACCAGUCAAAGUCCAGUUGAACCAGUGGAAGUCUAGUUCAACCAGUCAAAGUCCAGUUCAACCAGUCAAAGUCCAGUUCAGUCAAAGUCCAGUUCAACCAGUCAAGGUCGGGUUGAACCAUUCGAGGUCGCUCCUCUGACUCUGUUUGUUUGUUUUUUCUCGUCUGUAGGGAUGAAGGUGUCGGUGCGUGAGGUCCAGGUCUCCUCGGAGCCUGACUCCUCCUACUUCCUGCGUGUGGACUGGAGUGGGCGGGGCUUAGGCUCUGGUUUCCAGCUGCUGCUGACUGACGGACAGAACGCCUGGAGGGGAGACGUGAGCGAGGCGGAGGUGUGCGAGGAGGCGGAGGAGCUGGAGAUGCAGACGGAGCGCUACGUCCAGGACCUCCAUCAGGCGCUGACAGAGACGGAGAACUCCGUCGCCUACAGCUUCACUCUGACGCCGUCUCCACCCGACCGCUGCUCCUCCGUCACGCUGGAGUACGAGAAGGUCCAGAAGGACAUCUCUUUCAGGUUGGGUUCUGCUGUGCUGAAGGUCGUCCCGGAGCCGGCGGAGGCAGUGAGGGAGUUACUGAUCCACAAUCUGCAGAGAGGAAACAAUCUGGAGCAGAACAACCAGAACCUGGAGGAGGAGAACCAAAGACUGAGACGAGAACACCAACGCAUUACUGCAGAAAUGAAGCGUUAUGCUGGAGGUAAAGAAGCUCUGGAGGUGGAGCUGUACUCUCGGUUUGUUUUGGUCCUGAAUGAGAAGAAAGCAAAGAUCAGAAGUCUACAGGAAGCUGUGACGAACCUCCAGGAAACCAGUUCUGAGGGAAAGAAAACGGAGGAUUCAGUGAAAUCAAACAUCGCAGCAGGUGAAGAGGAGGAUGAAUAUGGAGGAAGUACCGAUGAAGAGCCAGAGGAGGUGCAGCCGACUCCAGCCUCCUCUUCAUCGUCUCGGGGUCGCUCUGCUGCGAGCCCAUUGGACGACAGCCUGAAGGACAUCACAGACGUGGCUCCUUGUCGCAAACGGCGCUUCCGUCACCUCGGGGCCCCGGAGCCGGCGGUCAAAGGAUCGAGUCCACCGAGCGUCCGGAGGAAGAGGACCGACCCCCCUGCAGGAUCCAGUAAGCAGCAGACCCCCCCUCAGCGCUCUUCAGAUGCUGCAGCAGCAACUUCAGCAGCAGAGGACCUGUUUGAUGACUUUUGACCUUUU